AUGGUCUCUACUCCUGAACUGAAGAGAUAUGUGGACAAGAAGGUGAUCCUUCAGAUCAACGGUUCCCGUAAGAUCGCCGGUGUGCUGCGAGGCUAUGAUGUGUUUCUGAAUGUCGUUAUUGACGACGCAGUCGAGUUAACAAAGGAUGGUUCAAAGCAUACGUUGGGCUCACAAACGGUGGUUAGAGGUAACUCUAUAGUUUCAUUAGAGGCGUUAGAUAGUAUUAAUUAA